CAUUUUACAGCCAAGAUACUUACUAUACCUACUCUGUACUUUUAGAUGUCGCUGUACCACCCGCAAACUAGCGAACGGCAUUCUACGGUUAAUUACAUGUUGUAAUUAAAAGGUCCCUAACCUUUGUCCUGGGCUUCUGGGUGGUGUUUAUGAUCUUGUACGCACUCCUGCUGGCCGUCUGCUCGGGCAUCGCGUUCGGAUACGACUACGGAUUGGCAGAAUACAUCACCUUUUCAAGAGAUGAUAUGAAGCUUAUGGUGUUGAAAAGAGACUACUAUCCCGAAAUAUUGUACCCUGGAAUGGGUCGAACUGGUGAUGCGACUGGCGGCGCUGAAGAAGGCGAUCAGUUUUUGAGAGCGGGGGGGCAGAGUCCCCUCUCGGGAGUGCUGCCGAGUUGGCUAUACAAAACCACUCCAGGACCUUCAUCGAACCCUCCUACAGCUACACGUACCACUCAAAGUUCGACGAUAAUUACACGAACUCACACUACCAAGAAAAGGAAGAUAAUCAAGGUGAUAAAAGUAACUAAGAAGGUCCCACUAAGAACGAUAACAAAAGCGACCAAAGCGUCAAAAGCCAGCAAGAAAUCACAACGAAUAUCAACAACGAAUCGACGAAACAAACAAACAAGGAAAUCAACAAAAGCCAUUGAAAGUGCACCACCUAGUACUAUCAAGGAAGUUAAAGCAAGUAACAAAAUGUUGAAUCUAUUGGAGAACUUUUGGGAAACAACCACCGACUUCCCAACCGGCUCAACAGCACCAACAACAACAACGACAAUAACAACAACACCAACACCAACAACGACAACACCAACAACGACAACAACAACUACAAAAACGACGAGUCCGGAAAUAGAAUCAAAAUCCCCAGAAUCAAAGACAUUCAAGACACUCCCUAUAAGUCGCCAAACUAGUUAUUCGCCAACAAGUGCUCUGAGGAUCUUCUUACAUAAAUCGGACCCAACGAAAUGGCGACCUACGAAGCCAGAAACGUUUUUCUACAAUACUCUUGCUACAAAUUUAAGGAGGAAGAUGAAGGAAGAUUCGUACCAUCCCGAAAUGGAGAUACGGAUACCUUUGUUCGGGAGGCACAAGGGGCUGCCGAUGCGGCAUUGGCAUGUGCCAACAACGCCAUCCAAGGCCACAGAGAAUGCAGAAACGGACACACCCGUCGACGACAAUUACAGAAAUAUCUUAUAUUUUUGAAGACACGUGCUAAUUUGUAAAUUGGCAUUAAGGUAUCGUACUUAGAUGUUACGGCAGGGACGUCUCACUCCGCGAUUUUUUCGCUGAGGUAGAAGUACUAAUACAUGCCGGAGACCGCGCAUUGGCGGCACAUUCAGUGGUGACGACCUUAAUGCAUUAGAACUCAGUGUCUAAUGCUCGCGUGCGGUCAGGAAAGAAUUAUGAAAGGCGGCAUUUUAUAAACAUGAAAGCAGUGAGCCUUCUGUAUUUGACCUAUAUUCUGUGGCUACGGCUUAUGAGAUGAAGCAGAUUACCAGAGAAGUAUCGUAGGUUAGUUCAUAUUUAAUUUUUCAACUUACAGCUUAGGAAGCCCCUUUUUUUGGUGGGCUGUGUUAAUUUAAAGUGUAAGUUUUAGAUUUAGGCCACAAGAUGGCAGAUCCUCAACGCACAAGGGCGCAAGAACUGUAGGAAUACUAUACUAUACUCGUACUAGUGUUAACGAGAGGUGACCAGUGGGCAGUGCACGGUCGCGUCAGUGUAUCGUUUUCGCGCGUGUGGUAAGUGCGUAAAGAAUGACCGACGCGACAGGCUAGUACCGAUGCUCGGCCCGUGUGUCAAGUUAAAGUUUUCUUUGAUUACGAGGUGACACAAUCUAUCUCCAUUGUAAAAGAUCCCUAGCUAUUAAUGUUGUUGUAAUGUUAGUUACCCAGUUCAGUUUUGCUCUCUACGUUUCAAUCAGAUAUGCACAAUACAGAUUGUCUGUAAAAGUUUUCACAGCUGGUACAAAUGUUUUAUUACCCCUAUAAAUGAUACAAUGACUCCCUUAACAAUUGUUAUGUUGACGACUUUAUAAAACAGUGUUUUUUCAAUUUAUUUUACUCAGCUUUUUGACGCAGU